GUUGUUCUUUGAUGACUUGACCUGAUUUGAUGUUCCGAUGACUGAGAGUUAGCCGAGUCCGUACGGACAAUGAGCAUGAAGACUGACGACCACUGGUACAGUACUUCGCUAAAGAAGAAUUUUACUCCGCGCCACAGGCCAUCUGCCAGUUGGUGUGCGGUGCUGCGUAUUGCGCCGCGUCCUCCUGGUCGUAGCCGUCGUCGUAGUCUUGUCCGUCUUCGCUUGGGAUCGGGAUCAACUCAUUGCACUCCGAGUUCCAGACCAGUCCCCAAGAAAACCAAACAUACUCACUGCACCGGCCUCCAGGGCGCGACACGCAAACACAGAAACAGACACGCACUGCACAGAGAACAUGCGCGCACAUACAUACCUACGUGGUACUCGCACACUCGCUCACUGCAUCCCAAAUACUUACUUACCAUCGCCCGUCCCAUAUCACCCCUACCCCGUUCGCCGUCGUUCUCGAUUCAAACCUAAAAAAGUAGUCAGCCCACCCCUUGCCUCUGUUUCCUCUCCUUGGUGGCGCAUCAAGCGGUGCCAUUUAUCCGAUGCGCCCUUAAUAGGAUGACACAUUGGUACAGCAGUUGAACGAAAAGGAAUGACCUCGUGCACCGGCCGAGUUCCCUCUCCAUCCACCACUUCGGCCCAUCGCUCAGUCGGGAGGCUUUUUUUUCUCCUCUUGUUUUGUUCUCUUGCCGUGAAAGAACUACACAAAUUAUUAUUUUUUGCUGGUCUUUCGCUGCCACCGCCAGGCUCCCACUUUCCACCCCCUCCCGCCUCCUCACCAGUUGAAUGACGUCGUUGGUCAAAGGACCGACUCCGCUGCCACUGCGAGCUGCGUUGCUGCGCCUCACUCGAAGCCCGGAUCGAAUCCCCGACUUUCUGUGGUGCUGCUCUUUGGUGGCCCUUUCUCUCGCCUUGCGGACUAAAAUUCGCCCUCCCACUUGACUCGACCGCCCGCCCUUGUUUGGUAGGGGUUUUUUUCCUUUUUUUUUUUUUCCUUUUCCCCACGGCUGUAUUAGGAGUGCUGCCCGCCGCUGCCACCCGUUGAAUGUCGUCUGUUGUCCAAUUUGUCGCCCGUUUGUCGAAUCGUCCACUGCCGCUUGGUUGCCCGUCCCCAAUAGUAGUCCCCUGCACACCCACCACCCACCCACCCCUCCCUGUGCGACACGGCACACUCACCCAGCACAUUUCCCCAGGAGAAGUGUGUAUGCGUGCGUGUAUCCGUAUGCGUGUGCAGAGUGAAAUCUCUCCCCUUCCUUGCACACGUCGCUCGCGACACUCCAACCCAUACAAUGGCCGUCGGAUUGCUCAGCAUCCCAAGGGAGAUUCGCGAUCUGAUUCUCGAUGAAGUCGUCUUCCUGCCCGAUCGCCCACCGCCCCUCAACCCCUCAGUCAGCCAGGACCGCAAGAGGCGCGAGUACAAGGGCCAAGGAUUUUUCGAUGGCCACGACAUUUGGGUCGAGAAACAGAUCCGCGCACCGCCCUCGGGCUCCCCCAACAACGCCAUUCUCCUCGUCAAUCGCCAACUGCACUACGAGGCCAAGACCCUGCUUGCCUCCAAAGGAACCCAUUGUCGCCUCGAUGUCAUGUAUGUCAAAGAGUGUGGCUUGUGGCCGACUUGGCUCGCCGUGCCAAGAUCCACCCGCCACGCCGACAGCGUCCAUGUGCAAUUCCGCAUCUUCGACCCUCCCGCCGACGUCAACCCUGACUGGAAGAACGAGCAGCAGUUUCGCGGCGGUGACGGCGGUCCGCCCUUCAUCGUCUGGAACUUCUACGCCAUGCUCUCCGGCUACUUGCGAUACGGCCCGACCGCCUUCAGCAGCGUCGUCGCCGACCCGUCAAAUUUCACCAUCAAGAGGCUGGUGCUCGACGUCCUCCCGCCGCCCCCCGAAGAAAAGCAUGAUCGUCUCGUGUCCGGCAGUAGUGCGCGGCGGCCGGCGGCCCUCGACAUGUUCGAGAGGUUCAACACCUUGGUCAUGGAUGCGGAGAAGCGCGAGCGCAAAGGCAUCACCUGGCCUCGACCGCCAGAGGGCAAGGAGAGCCUCAUCCCGGCAGAGAAGCUUGCUUUCUUCAUGUGUUGCCAGAUUGGCGGUCUCCUGUCCAUGUACAGGGACUGGGCCGACUUCGGCGCCGUCCUCUACGAGGGCAUCGGGAGCAUCGAGAUCCGCGUCAACGGCGAGCCGCGACGCUACUUUGACCUCGACGACAUGCUCGACGGCUUGCCCAUACAGCCCAUCGCGGCCUGGAACGAAAAGGAACAGCAAAAGAGACAGAAGCGCUUCGACGACUGGAAAGCCCAAGCGACAGCAACGAGACGAAGCUGGAAAAAGUGACAAUGGGAAACUUGGAUGAUGACAUGAAAUAAAUUUUUGGCUUUGGCUUGGCCGUCUUGGCCACGUCGGCCAUAGGAGGGAAGGGCCCCUCUCUUCUGCAUUGGGCGGCGAUACCACCGGAUAGAUGACGGCUUUUCUUGGAAUUGGGGGGUCGGUUUUCCUUUCUAUCGGAGCUCGGUGCAUGGUGCAAGGUGCAUGGUGCGUGGGGUGCGGCACAACCAAAAUCGGAGGCGAUCGGGUCUCGGGGGCCGGAAUUGUUUCGGUAACGGUAACCUGUGGCCGGAUGCGCAUUCGAUUCAGAGAUGGCUGACUCUCUUUUUUUUUCGUUCCUUGUCCUUUUUUCCUUUCUUUUC